AUGUUCAACUCCAGCACCACCUCCCUGGGCAGCAACUGCAGCCACAGCACAGCCAUAACCAGGACGGUCAUUCCCCUGCUCUACUGCUUAAUUUUCAUAGCAGGGCUCUUGCUGAAUGGUGUGGCAGCCUGGAUCUUCCUCUACGUUGCCAGCAAAAAGAGCUUUAUUGUCUAUCUCAAAAACAUCGUCGUUGCUGAUCUCCUCAUGAGCUUAACGUUUCCGUUCAAAAUUCUGGCCGAUUCAGAAAUCGCCCCUCCGCAGCUCAACACAUUUGUGUGCAGAUAUUCCGCUGUUGUUUUCUACACAAACAUGUACAUUGGGAUAACAUUUUUUGGCCUCAUAGGUUUUGACAGAUACUACAAAAUCGUAAAGCCUUUAUUCACCUCCUUUGUUCACACAGUUAACUACAGUAAGGUGGUCUCUAUAAUUAUAUGGGUUUUGUUAAUGCUUAUAUCAUUUCCAAAUAUGAUUUUAACUAAUGAAAUCACUAAAGAGAGUUAUUCCAGAAAAUGCAUAGGCCUUAAAAGUGAGCUUGGCAGACAGUGGCACAAGGUGUCAAGCUAUAUUUGCACAGGGAUUUUUUGGGUUGUUUUCCUUCUGCUAAUCAUUUUUUACACUUCUAUAUCAAAAAAAAUAUAUAGCUCCUAUAAAAAGUUCAGAAGGAACUCAGAUGUGACCAAGAGAAAAACCAGCCGUAAUAUAUUCAGCAUCAUGUUUGUGUUUGUCAUUUGCUUUGUACCCUACCACCUCUGCAGAAUCCCGUACACGCUGAGCCAGACCAGCUCGCAGUUCAACUGCCAGUCAAAGAAAACCCUGUUCUACGCCAAGGAGUUCACCCUUGUGCUGUCUGCCGCAAACGUCUGCCUUGACCCCGUUAUUUAUUUCUUCCUCUGCCUGCCCUUUAAAGAAAAGCUGUAUCAAAAACUGCACCUCAAGCUCAAAACUUCAAGCGAGGUUGAAAUUUCUAAAUCCAGAAGAUCAAAUACACUUCGGCAAAGUAUAAACGUAGUGUAG